UCAACGCAGAGUACAUGGGGAAGGGAAGGGAAGGGGCAGCCUCAAAACCCUGGCGCCGCAUCACAGCCGCUGGAUGUGUCGGGCGGAGUUUUGGGUUCUCUGGUGUUUGCAAAUCCUCUGCUUCUAAAGACUCUCCGAACAACAUUCCUCGAACCAGCCUAGUUUAUGAUUCUGCUACUGAAACACGGUAUUUGAAUGGUAGCAACAGGGAACUCUCUACCACGAAUGAAGCUGAGCUAGCCUCUGAUAAUGCCAAUCCAUCACCAUCAGACAACAAAUCAACAAGCAAACUACUUCAGUUCUCUUUUCAUGAGCUGAAGGCAGCAACAGGAAACUUUAGACCUGAUAGCAUUCUUGGGGAAGGUGGAUUUGGAUUUGUCUUUAAAGGAUGGAUUGAAGAGAAUGGGACAGCCCCUGCAAAACCCGGAUCAGGAAUUACGGUGGCUGUUAAGAGCUUGAAAGUAGAUGGUCUUCAAGGCCAUAGAGAAUGGGUGGCUGAGGUUGUCUUUCUUGGACAACUUCACCAUCCAAAUCUUGUGAAGCUUAUAGGUUACUGUAACGAAGAUGAUCAACAUUUGCUUGUUUACGAGUUCAUGAGCCGUGGAAGUCUGGAAAACCAUCUUUUCAGAAGGAUUAUUCCUCUUCCAUGGUCCAAUAGGAUUAAGAUUGCCCUCAAAGCGGCAAAAGGAUUGGCCUUUCUUCAUAAUGCCCCAGUACCUGUUAUCUAUAGAGAUUUUAAGACAUCCAAUAUCUUGCUUGAUUCGGAAUACAAUGCAAAGCUUUCAGAUUUUGGCUUUGCGAAAGCAGGGCCUCAAGGAGACAAAACACAUGUUUCUACCAGGGUUAUUGGGACGUAUGGCUAUGCUGCUCCUGAAUAUGUAAUGACAGGACAUCUGACGUCGAAGAACGAUGUUUAUAGCUUUGGUGUUGUGCUUCUUGAGAUUGUAACAGGGAGAAGAUCCAUGGACAAGAAACGUCCGAGUGGGGAGCAAAACCUUGUGUCGUGGGCUCGGCCAUAUUUAGGUGAUAAAAGAAAGCUAUAUCAUAUAGUGGAUCCCCGCUUGGAAUUCAAAUAUUCCAUUAAAGGGGUGCAGAAGGUCUCCCAGCUUGCUUGCAGUUGCCUGAGCAGGGACCCGAAACUACGUCCAACCAUGGACGAAGUCGUGACGACCCUGACUCCACUGCAAGAUCUCAACGACCUCGCCAUCCUAACAUCUCACUGUCGCUUAUCUUCUUCACAAGGGAGGUGCAAGAAGAAACCUGAAGGCCUAGCCUACUCCCAAAACUUCAGAGCUUCUCCAUUGAACAUCGGAAAGCAGCAUGUUAGAUGAUCCAUCUCCAAAUCCUCUCUGAUAAUAAAAGGUAAACAAAGAUCAGAAAUGUUCAUGUUUAGCAUUUCAAAGGUUGAUUAGGAGAGGAAAUGCGAAAUAUUAGCUUUACUACACAAUUAGAUCUUCCUUUGUGGGUCUGCCUUACCCCUUGUAAGUGACUUGUAACUUUAGGUAGACAAGACCUUCCAGUGCCUAGGGUGUCAUAUUUGCAGUAUCUUUCUUAAACAUCUAUGGGAAAUAUUAACCUUAGCAAGUUAUCACCAUUCCUUUCAAUCAGCAAUGGAGAAUAUUAACACUAUAUGAAGAUUCUAAUCAUGUUUAUUUC